GGAGUAAGAGCAAGUUGAGUGAGGUACGCAUGCGUGGAAGUAUUAGAGUAGAGUUCCGGUUCAGAAUUGUAUAUCUUGGAGAAAUAUGUUUUUCCUGAAUUCUCUCUGCUGAAUGAGUAAGUUAGCUUGUACCCUGGCAUUACUAGAAAGGAAAAAGAAUUCCCUGAAUGAGAACAAGCAUUACAUUCAAUACAGUUGGUGUACUAAAAAAAAGAAAAGGAAAAAAAAACAUGGAUUACGGAAUGGAAGAUGGUGUAUUGUUUGUUAGAAAGUCUAAUACAUAAAUAAAAUAAUUUCCUUGAACUGUAUAAAAAGUAAACUAUGAAUUUAAAAAUCAGCUUAACAGUUCUGUUGCCAAUGAAUACAGAAUGUCAAUGAUACGGCACUGGCAGCCUCCUUGAAGUUUGUGUUUUAAGAAUUAGAGCAACUCUACUUGUAUUUAUUACACAUAAACAAACAGCAUGUAUAGCAGACGCUGUUUUGUUUGGUUAAAAAAUAGCCUUCUCUGGAAAAGUAACUUCCGAAAAUGUUCAUUGACAAAAAUUCUGAUAGCCUUGUUCAGUCUAUCUUCAUUAAGUUUUCUUGCAUAUCAAUGUCUUAUUGAUCAUUCCCAUGUGAAAAGGCAUGAAAUUCCAGUCUCUACAAUUGAAUGUCGCUUAAAUCCUGUUAGUGGAGGUAUGUUUAGUCCUAGUGAUCAUUCUUCUAGCAGUAAUCAUCGCAUAGACAACAAAGUUCUUGUCAUCGUGGAAACUCAGUAUUCGUAUCUUGGACAGGAUAUCAUACACUUAUUGGAAGCGAUACGGGUAAAGUACAAAGUUGAACCCAAUGGCAAAACCUUGCCCUAUUUAACUCAUGGAAAUAAAGGGAAAUACAGUGCUAUUAUAUUUGAAAAUUUUGAUGCUUAUGUUAAUAUGGAUGCUUGGAAUAGAGAAUUACUUGACAAAUACUGUCGGGAUUUUAAUGUAGGAAUUAUUUCUUUUGUUGCAAGUCGGGAUAAUAUAGCCUAUUCGAAACGAAUGAAAGACUUUCCUCUCACAAUUUACCAAUACAUGGCAAUCGAAGAUUACGAACUUAAUCCAAUGUCAAAUAUUUGGCGGAUCACACGGCCUGGAGAAAUAAUUCGUGGUCCUUUGAAAGAUGAUGAGUGGGUCAUUUUCCAGUUUGAACAUGCUACUUACAAGCCACUUUCUUAUGCCAAACUGUCAAGGAAUUACGGACGCUAUAUUGAUCUUUCUGAUAAUACUGUCUUUCCAGCUAUCCAAGAUUUGGGAUUGCUGGAUGGAAUACAGAAAGUUAUUUUUGGAAAUGGAUUGAGGUUUUGGCUCCAUUGCCUUGUGUUUCUCGAUAGUUUAUCUUAUCUUUCACACGGAAAGCUGAGUUUACCUUUAGAUCGUUAUGUUCUUAUUGACAUUGAUGAUGUAUUUGUUGGAGCUGCUGGCAAACGGAUGAAAGUAUCUGAUGUUCAUGCCCUGCUUGCAGCUCAGAACCGGUUGCGGAGUCAUAUCAAGGGUUUCUAUUUUAAUUUGGGAUUUUCUGGAAAAUAUUAUCAAAAAGGUACACCAGAAGAGAACUUGGGUGAUCGUCUCUUAGUAGCUAAUUCUGACAAGUUUUGGUGGUUUGGUCACACAUGGAUGCAUACGCAGGCCCAUUUUCAUGAAAAUGCCAGCAGUUUAGAAGAGGACAUGAGUCUAAAUAAAGAAUUUGCUCAGAAAUAUAAUAUACCAGUAGUUAACAACUAUGCUGUGGCGCCACACCAUUCUGGUGUCUACCCUGUACAUGAACCACUCUAUGAAGCCUGGCACAAAGUGUGGAAUAUCACUGUGUCUAGUACAGAAGAAUAUUUACACUUGAGACCUGCAAGGCGAAGAAGAGGAUUUUUCUAUCGGGGUAUUAAGGUUCUUCCUCGCCAAACAUGUGGUCUUUAUACUCACAAUCUCUUAAUAGACAAAUACCCAGGUGGUCGUGAAAAGCUAGAUGCUAGCAUUCGAGGGGGAGAACUCUUCCAGACAUUUCUUUACAAUAAGGUCAACAUCUUUAUGACACACAUGUGCAAUUAUGGCAGUGACAGGCUUGCUUUGUACACAUUUGAAAGUGCAGUUAAAUUUUUGCAAUGUUGGACCAACUUACAUUUACAAACAAUUCCUCCACAAGAUCUAGCUCAAGUUUAUUUUUCCUCAUAUCCAGAUGAAUUAAACCCAAUAUGGGUGAAUCCUUGUCGAGAUAAAAGACACCUGGCUAUUUGGUCACCCAGAAAAGUAUGCAAUACCCUCCCUCAUCUGAUUGUUAUUGGACCUCAGAAGACAGGUACUACUGCUAUUUACACAUUCCUGAAUAUGCACCCUUCAAUACGAAGCAAUGUGAAACAGCCUGUCAUCUUUGAAGAACUCCAUUUCUUCAGUAGUGAUCAAUACUACAACAAAGGAUUAGAUUGGUAUAUGAAUGCCUUUAAACUAGAUAAUCCAAACCAAACAGAUAUAGUAUUCUUUGAAAAAACUGCUGCCUAUUUUGAUAAUCCAAUGGCACCAAUGAGAAUUGCUAGUUUGAUUCCUGAUGUAAAACUGGUUUUGAUUCUCCUUGAUCCUAUUAAACGAGCAUAUUCUUGGUAUCAGCAUGCACGAGCCCACCAAAAUCCAGCCUCUUUGAAUUAUACAUUUUAUGAGAUAAUCACAGCUGGAGAAGGAAGUCACAAAAUUCAGCGAGAUCUUCGGAAUCGAUGUCUGAAUCCAUCUCUGUAUGCGCAACACUUAGAACGCUGGCUUGAUUACUUCCAUCCGUCUCAGUUACUUAUCCUUGAUGGUCAAGAAAUAAAGGAAAACCCACCAUUGGUUAUGUCUAAAAUACAGAAGUUUAUUGAAGUGAAGCCUUAUAUUGAUUUUAGAAAGCUAUUACGUUAUGAUGCCAAGAAGAAGUUCUACUGUCAAGUCUUGUCAACAGAUAACACCAAGUGCCUUGGACCAGGCAAGGGCAGAGUAUAUCCUCCUAUGGAGGAAUCAGCAUACAGAUUCUUGAAAAUGUUCUUUCGCCGACACAAUGUAGCUCUAUCAAAAUUACUUAUGAAACUAAACCAAGCCACUCCAGUACCGGCUUGGCUUAAAGAAGAUCUCCAAGAAACCUUAUAGUAUAUAUCUGUAAUUUCAAAACCACACACACAUACACACAAAAUAUUUAUGUAAAAAUACAAUUAAUAUACAUCUAUUUAGAUUAUUCAUCUAACAUUUAAAGAACAUUCUAGUUCUUGCUUGGCAAAAAAAACAACAACAAAAAAACCAAAAAAAAACCAAAAAAAAUCAAAACCCGAAACCCCCAAAUAAAUGCAUUA